AUGGUCAUAAAUAUCUUUGUAUUUGUUAGUCUCAUCAUCGUUUUUGCUCGGAGGAGAAAGUCCUACAAGAACACCAUCAAUGAGUACCCUGUUUCUGAUGAACAAUCUAUGUUGCGGUUUAGUCUUGAUGAAGAUAAGCGUGCACUUCUUACAUGGGAGGUGAGGUUCAGAAUUAUCGAAGGCAUUGCUCGAGGUCUUCUUUACCUUCAUGAAGAUUCUCAGCUGAAGAUUAUUCACCGAGACUUGAAGUUGAGCAGCAUACUUUUAGAUGCUGAGAUGAACCCUAAAUUUUCAGACUUUGGGACAGCCCGGUUGUUCGAAACCGAUGUGACUCGAGCUGAAACAAGACGAAUUGCUGGAACCCGUGGAUACAUGGCUCCUGAGUACCUAAAACAUGGGCAAAUCUCAGCCAAAUCUGACGUUUAUAGCUUCGGUGCAUUGCUUCUAGAGAUGAAAGAAACAAUAGCUUCGAAGGACAAAGGACUUGCUGCUUUUGCAUGGAAGAGAUGGGUUGAAGGAAAGCCUGAGAGUAUAAUUGAUCCUUUCUUGAUAGAGGAUCCAAGAAACAAGAUCGUCAAGAUGAUCCAGAUUGGUUUUGAUACUAUCAUCAUUCCAUUACCUAAUGCUCAUGUUUUCAGUGGAAGUGAAUCCCAAUCUAAAAGUGGUACAAUGUCAAUGAGCAAUAUCUUCACAGAGUUGGGUUGUCGUUGA